UUUAUUUUUUCUCUCCCAAUUUUAAUUUUCAAGCUAUGCAAUCUGUUUGUUUCCAAGGGAAAAUUAUUCCGAGAAAGAUUUCUAUUUUACUCUAAAAAUAUUAGUCAAAUUAAAGUUAAAGAUUUCAAAAUCCUCCCGGUUCAGUUGGAAAACGCCGGUUCAGCAGGUUUUUGUAUAAUUGAGUCAAAUUCUCAUAUGUUCGAAUCAAUGGGCAGGUUCCAUCAACCUGAAAAAUUAGGGCGUGUCGGUUUCUGGUUUUGUGACUUGCUUUGGUGGGGAGAUUAAUGGCUUUUGGGUUAUGCCCAAUUUUGUCUGUUUGGUUGCUGAGAAAAAUCAGGAAGUUGUUUUUUGUUCCUAAGAAUGCGAAUUUUACCUCAACUGAGGCCCUCUCGGUAGAGGGUUGUGUUUUUCUACCUUUUUCCCAGUAACCCAAUGGAGCAUUUAGUUUUUCUUGGUGAUUUUGAGGUGGAUUUGUUAAAAUCCGAUUUAAAUGGUAAAGAAGCCAAGAAAAAUACUAGUCAGAUUUGAUAUAAAAGUGACACCAAAUGGAUAAAGCUUUAGACAGCUUAUCUCAUAAAAGGGGAUCGGUAAGGGAGGAGGCACUGUGUUCAAUAAUCACAGAUUCUACUGCCAAAGUGCAAGUUCAGUUUGCAGAAAAGAACUUUGUUACUUUGGUGUAUCGAAGCCUAGCUUUACUAAAGAAGGGGUCUCCCAAAGAAGUUUCUUUAGCUACUCAGGCCAUUGCUUUGUUUGCCAUCACCUUGGGUCCUGGGGGUAAUACACAUGAAAUAUAUAAAGAUUCACUUCCUCCACUUUCACAGGUUCUCGAAUCUGGUUCUGAAUCAUCCAAGAUAUCAUCUAUAUUAGAUUGUUUGGCUAUUGUCACUUUUGUUGGUGCAAAGGAUUUUGAGGAGACUGAAAAAAGUAUGCAAAUUAUAUGGAAACUCAUUCAGCCGGUAGCCUUGAAUGUCAAUGCAAGAAAACAUUCACCAGCCAUUCUAGCUGCUGCAAUUUCUGCAUGGUCAUUCAUUCUGACAACAGUGGAUGGAUGGAGGCUUAAUUACAAGUAUUGCCGAGGGGCUAUUUCUUAUUUGUCAGAUCUAAUAGAGUAUGAUGAUGAAUCCGUCCGUAUUGCUGCCCUCGAAGCACUGGCUUUGAUAUUCGAAUCAGGUUGUUUUAAUAGCUUGUCAACUGAAGCUAAAUGUUCUAGUAGUUGCUUGAUUCAUGAAGGGAAUACUUCCACAAAUGGAUAUUCACCUAUACAAGAAAUGAAAGACAACAUCCUACAUCGAGUGAGGAGACUUUCUUUAAAAGACGAAGUUGACAAAGAUCGCAUGAGUGAUUGGUUAAAAGUUUUUGAGGAUGGUUGCUGUCCCAAAACCUUGGUGAUAAAUUGGCAAAAUAUGCUCAAAUCAUUUGCAUGGUAUCGACUGCUACAGAUUAAGUUUAUGAAGCGUAUUCUUGGGAGUGGAUUUAACAAACACAUGCAGGAAAAUGAGUUCCUCCAUGAACUCUUUGAGAUUGUUACACCAAAAAGAGAGGAUGUUUCAGGCUAUGGGUGUCAACUGUAUGAACUUGAUAGUAAAGAGGUCAUUGCUGAGUACUACGAACCUGAACUAAGAAAGAACAACAAAAGCAGCAUUCAGAGAAUGUUCAUGUCACCCAACUCCUUCCACAACAAGGCAAUGACUCAGCUACUGAACAAGCGGCGCAUGUUAUCACAGAAAAGGCGCAAUGGUCACUAUGUAGUUGAUGAUGAAUGUUGACACAGCAUAGAGCAAUUUUAGUCUGACAACCUCUUGAAAGUUAAAAGUUAGGUUACAUUCUUGUUUCGGAAAAUUUUGUUCCCAAGCAUUAUUUUCUUCCAUCUGGGAGCGGCUAUUAUACUCGACUUCCAGCCAGCUAAAUCAAGAUCGGAUAGAGAGUAUCAUGGAGUGUGAAGGUCCAAGCUCUUGCCUGAGAGUUUGCAUUGGCACUCAUUUGACAAAGUCUGGGUUGCAGCUUAUUUUUUAUAGAUAUUUAGUUUCAUAUUUUUUUUCAUUAAUUUAAUGACAGAACCAUAAAGAUGUUGUCAUAUGAUUUGGGUUAAUUAUAAUUUUAUUUUUACUA